AUGGGGUUGCCGGAAUUGUUUAUCCAUUGGAUCCAGCUCUGUGUCUCCACUGCUUCCUUCUCAGUGGCUAUAAAUGGUGAAUUAGAAGGGUUUUUUACUAGUGCCAGAGAAAUAAGACAAGGUUGUUCUGUAUCACCCUAUCUUUAUGUGAUUUUGAAAAGUGUUCUGUCCAAACUCCUAAACAAGUCUGUUGCGGAGGGUGUUCUUGGUUAUCACCCAAACUGUCGAGCGGUGAGGCUUACCCAUUUGAGCUUUGCGGAUUAUAUCUUGGUUUUUACUGAUGGGAAGGUCUCUUCAUUGAAUGGGGUGCUCGGUGUGAUGGAAAAAUUUGCUAGAAUGUCAAGUCUACAUAAAGCGAAGGUUUCUUUGAAGGAUUUAUGUUUACCCAAGUGUGAAGGGGGUUUGGGGAUUCACAAGCUUCGAGAAACAACAAAGGUCUUUGCAUUGAGGCUUAUAUGGCGGCUCUUCACUCUAUCGGGUUUUCUAUGGGUUGCUUGGGUUGGAGCUGAGUUGUUCGGUGGUGGAUCUUUUUGGGAUGCAAAAGACUCAAAUAAGGGUUCAUGGCUUUGGCGCAAACUGCUUAAACUUCGCCCAGAGGCUUCAAAGUUUAUGAAAAUUGAUGUCAGAAGUGGUGAAUCGACAUUCUUCUGGUUUAACGACUGGUUAGGGGCUGGAAGUAUUAUUGACGACACAGGAGAGUUGGGAUUGAGAUACUUUGGAAUUCCUCGUCAAGCUACAGUAUCUGAAGCUUUCACAGAUGGGGUUUGA